AUGGACAAAUCAGGAGUGUGCAAAGGGAGGGGGCUCUGGGAGCCACGUAGCCCCUCCCUGCCUCUAGCUUCAUCUCCCGACAAGCUCCAGAGGGGCGGGGAGAGAGCGCUGGAGGAGGAGGAACUCCGGCAGCUCUGCAGAGGGGGCCAGGAGCUCCGGGGUUUGGUACCCCCAGCCCCAACGCUGUUGCUGCUGCUGCUGCAGCAGGGACACAGGCCUGGCUGUGGCUCUCCUCCUCCUCCUGUGCUGCUGCUGCUCCCGCCGCCGCCGCUGCUCCUGCUGUUGCUGGGCACACACCGCCAGCCCCUCCGGAGUGUGGUUUCCUCAGACCUGCCCUCAACGGUGGGACCCAGCCUUCUCCUGGUCUCCCCUACUAUCUUCCUGCGAGGUUCAGCAGCCCCUUCUCCUGGAAGACACACCCAACUUUCUUCCAAUACCCCGCCCCCUAUCCAACCUAUUUUGAGGGAAUCCCCUUCCUCUUUGAAUAGUCUUUUGCGAGUUUCUGGUGUGCUCAGGGAUCUAUACCCAACUUCAGUCCAGUUGAGUGUCGACCCUUUGGGAUUCCCCAGACCCCCCCCCCUUUUCUUUUCCUCAUCCAGAGCUCUUCAGCUAUGGACCAGGCUUCCUAAGCCCCUCCAGGUAACCUCUGGAGAGCUGCCGGAUAUCUCCCAGCCUCUUAAAAAAGAAGCCAGUCCCAUACACCACUUUCACUAUCCCGUUUAUUCAGUCCUCACUGGAGGACCCUCACCUCCCCUAGCUUCCCCAGAACUCCUGCAGCUUGUAGGCAACAUCCUCCAGGCUAGUCUUGGCAGUGCUAGUCACUCCCGAGACACUUUUUAG